AUGCCACACACGCCUUUCCAGAUGCCAGAGUAUGACAUGGUGGCUGUAGUCCAACGCACUGGAGACCUAGCGCCCAACACCAUGGACAGGCUCAUGCUUGUGGAUAUCGUAUACCACCAUCAUCCAGACUCGGAAGGUGUGACUCACAGACCCACUCUAGUGCGAGAAGUUCAACGGGUUGGUCAUCAAAUUUUGCGUCAGCAAAUCCUUCUUGCUGCAGCCGUGCAUCACUAUUGCAUCCUAGUGACCACGCAAUGUGCUGUAACAUUUGAUGGCGUCUUGUGGCCAGAACACGAGCACAGCCCAAGACCGGUGCACCAUGGUUCCUAUGCCCAGGUCAUUGUGCCACCGCCACCCACGCAUGACAUUCCCACCCAAAUAGCUGUGGAAGUCACUCACCAAACGGCCGAAAAUGAUGAUGCACAAGCUGACCUGCUGGACCCAUCUAGUGCUGAUGAUGACAUUGCAAAUGCAAUAGACGCAGACGAUGUCGACUCUGAUGAUGUUCAGCUGACACAAGUUGCUGCACAACACCGCAAUGUUGCAUCAUUCCAAACACGCUUGCCUGCAGAUGCUGAUCAGCUUCCAAAACACAAACCAGCAGGGAAACAAACCCUCCCUGCACGGAUAGCUGAUGAUCUGCCACCAAAGGCCAGGCCCCUACAAGCUGAAGGCUUAACACAGUGCGUGGGUCAGACAUCGACGUCAACUUCGCCCAAAACUGCGCACACUGAGGCACUUGAAGAAAUGCCCACAGACGAUGUCCGACCCAUUCAAGCUCAGCCGUCCCUAGGUGACCCAGAAGCCAAGCCAUGUACAGAAAAACGCCCAAAACAGCUCACCAUCACGAGCUUUUUCAAAGCGCCACAGGGACAGAAGGUUCAAACGGAAGCCAAGAAGCAGACAACCAUUGGACAGUUCUUCAAGGUUAAACCCAACCGUGAACUACCUGAACAGCAAAGCUGCCUUGAUGUGUUGCCUUCUGCAUCCGACUCACCUAGGCUCCAAGCACCGGCGCAAUCCAGCACUGAUGAUCCCAUGCUUGUAGAGCCAAACGACACCACCCCGGCAAGUGAAGCAGACAGCAUGGAUGAUGCAACUGCGCUGAUGCAACGGCCCAGGUACAAAGCAUUUCCCCGACCAACAUCAGGUACCAGUCAAGGCAUCACACAGGACCGAUGCCAACCAGAUAUUGGUCAAGCCAAAAUUGCCACUUGGUACCUUGAGCCACAAGUGAUGCCUCGUAGUGACCAUUACCGGGACGUUCUGUUGUCUGCCAACCCGACCCUGUGGCCAAGUGAGGUACUACAGCGUUGGGCCGACAUGUUGCAACCAUCCCAACCAGUUGACCUCUACGUAGUGCAGCCCGAUCCACCAGGAGGAAUGCCUGAUGUGUUUGCCCAUGUCAUCGUCACCCAAAAGACACCGCCUGAUCAAGCAGCAGCACUGGUCUCUGUUACUGAAUUGCUUGAAGAUCCCUGGCACCCAUCAAGAUUUGCCCUCUUCUUGCAUAGCCCUGUAACCAGCGAUGCCCUCUUUGAACAUGCAGGCAUUCCGCAAGACCAAGUAGCCGCCACACCUGGGCUCAGUGCCUACCACGGAACAACACACAUUCCGCAUGGCAGUUCCUACCCAGUGCGCUCGGGUUUUGCUUUCGAGGUUGUGACUGACUCACUUGACUUUGAGGAGGAAGGGAGCGCUCUCCUACAAUUCUCCCCUGCCUGGCCAAGAAGGGAACACCAAACCUCAGACAUGCCCAAUGCAGCUACAGCUAACAGCAGCCAUGCUGCUUGCUGUGAGCAGCUCAUUGAGUCCAUGCGACAACUUGACAUGGCCAUACAGCGCAUAAACACAGCUCUCUGCUCCAGAACGGUGGCUUCACCGAAACAAAUCCAUGUUGAGCCUCACCCAGAGGUACCUCAACCUAUGCAUAUUACCCUGUGCAAAGACCCUCAGAUCGAGGAAGAUACCUUUCAAUGCCACACACCAGGGCUGGGACGACAGCCCGACACAUUGCACCGCUGGCAGCAAUUAGCUGGCAUCAGACCCAAAGAAGCCCGUCCAAUGGCACCCAUCAUGACGUGGUACGUGGAUCAUGAGCGAUUCCCACAGUGCUUUGCCCCAAGGGAAGUGUUUGUCACUAGACAUCCUCAGGCAUGGAAGCGACUCAUCCUGCAAGCAUGGAAUGACAUCUAUUUGCCUGCAAACCAGGUUGAAAUAGUCGUAGUCCAGCCAAAUCCCAUCAUGAUGGAAGAGCACUUGGUAGCUCAUGUAAUUGUGCUACAACAGCAAAUGCCAGGAUUCACCACGGCGUUGCUCACCACACUGGAUAGUGCGACACCUGGUGUACACAGGAGACAUGCCACUAUUGCCCCAACUGAACUCAGCAGAGCCACGCUGCUUGCAAUUGCGUUCCAUCCUCAGGAAUGUGAGCGAGAAUCCAACACCUGCGACACCUGGGUUGGAGAAGAGGCUCUGGACGAACAAGCACCAUUGCCACUCUCGCCAGGGUCAUCAUGCACGGCUGCCUUACACCGACAUGUGCCACAGCCGCCAGGACAGCCAGACCCAUGGAACUGCAGUGCGCCCAAACACUGCCCACAUAGAGUGACGCUUUGCCUGCAAGCAGUCCUUCCUGCCAAAGCACAUCCGGAGCCUGUCAGUCUCGAUGAUGACAAGCCACAAUUGUUGUGGUUUGCAAAUGAAGCAUGGAAACUUGCCCUUGAAGCCGAAGUGCCAUUGCAACUCCUCCCACUGCCUGAUGGACUCGUAGUUCCUGAGCAAUCCUACUGGUCGUUGCUUCAACCACCACAACUGUCAGAUGGAGCCGACAUGUCCUACACACUUUACCUGGAUGGAGCCGCCAAUGGCCAAGAAGCCGGCUGGAGUGUUAUUGCUAUUGCAAACUGCCACCAGCAAGAGACCUUCCUUGGUUGCAUCUAUGGUACUGUACAGCUCAAUCCACACCACCCUGACUGGCUAGGCCCCAAAGUGACCAUCCAUGAAGUCAGAGGCCACCAAGGGCAUGCCUGGAAUGAGCUAGCCGAUGCAGUUGCAAAGUGGGCAAUGCAACAGCACACUAACCCUGCGACAGGGCAAUUUGCCCAACUACACCAGCUUGCCACCAAUCAACACGAUGUGGAUUGGGUAUGGAUGCAAACCACGCAUCCUGCAAUUGCUGCCUGCUUCCCACCGCUCAGCCAACAGCAGAUCAUGCACUUCACGCAGCCUACCACAAAGCUUGGCAUCCUGCCAACUGAGCGCCACAUCGGUGACCAUCAGGAAGCUGGAUUGAAAUGGGGCCUUAAAGUUUGUACAACCAAUGUUCUUGCAGCCGAGGUCUGGGCCACGCACACAGCAGGGAAACCCAUUGCACUCGGCAAAGCACUCCUCACGGUCCAGCACGCUGAUCCACGCCGCCUCAUGGUAGAAGCGAAGAUCGGCCAUUACGUUUAUGCGUUCAUUGUCCUGCAUGCCCCAAGCCUUGCCUCAUCAGCACAAGAUGUUCCCGACCCCAUCGAAGCAGCCACGCAAUGGUGGGAUGAAACAGCAGCCCUUUAUGCCAAGUACGUGACUGCUGGGGCCCAAUGGGUUUUCAUCGAUGCAAAUGCUCCCCUGGAUGCUGGGGAUGGCUUGCUCAUUGGACCACACGGUGCUGAACCUGCCAAUCAUGCAAGCGCACGGUUUGAGAGCUUCAUCCAACUGCAGCACCUAAUGGUGCCUUCCACCUUUGCCUCCAUCCAUGAUGGCCCAACCACCACAUGGACUCACAGCACCGGAAAGAAGAGCCGCAAGGACUACAUCCUUCUCUCCCAAGAAGUGGCAAAGUUGGCUAGCAAAAGCAUCCUCCCGCUCAUGGACCAAGUACAUGCCAACCGGCUGAGGUUCCUGGCACGAUUGCUCGGCGCCUGCCCCCCUAUCACAUGGGCACUGAUGCACCACACCACAGGACAUCAUUCCUGGAUGGAACAAUGCAUGGAAUCAUGUCAAUGGAUGCUCUACCACUAUGACAGCAAGCUUCCCCUGGACACCUCAUCGCUAUUCCAAGACUGGGUGCAGUUCGUGCGACUAGAUCCCAACUGGAAAGGCCGGGUCCGAAAAACCAGCAAGCUAGCCUUGUCAUACCAUCGAGCCAGAGCCGACCAUGCCAUCUGGCAACGACACUUUGACCACCGCCUAACUGCUGCAGGAGCGACUCUGCCUGACAAGUCCAAACCGCAGUCAGCUCCAGAGCGUUGGCAAUGCGACCUGUGCCAAAAAGUGUUCAGCUCCACCAGGGCGCUCGCAAUGCAUGCUGCACGUGGGCAUGGCUACAGGAAAAAGGUCCGAUACUUUGCAAUCGGAGACACAUGCCAAGCAUGUGGGCAAAACUUUCACACCAGGAAAAGGCUCUCUGUGCACUAUGAAAAGCAGCAAAAGUGCUACGACAUAGUCACUGCCUGCUGGCCGCCCUUUCCUGCUGCUAUGGUGCAAAGCCUUGACAUGGCAGACAAAGAAGAUGAAGUGCAACUGCGCAAACAGGGGUGGUGGGCGGCAAAAGCUUUCCAACCGGUGCAGCAGACUCAGGGUCCCCCACUCCCCUCUGCUGGCUCUGCUGCAGCUCAAGCCAUGCAUGACAAGAUGAUGCAGAGACGUCCAAGCGACGAAUUAGCCUAUACGCAAUUGCAGGGCACUCGCAUCACCAAGCUUCCACCGGCUGAUCCCCAGCUCUGGUGGACACGUGCCGACCUCCCGUCCUUCAUCAUGCAGUCAGUUAGCGGCAGAGACAGCGCUGGCGGCGCAUUUGCAAUGCAAGGUCUCGCCAGAGAGACCGCCCUGCUUCAUGUUAGAGCACUUGUUGUGGUGCACUUCUUUAGCGGCUUUCGCAGGAUGGGCGAUAUCCAUCACAUCCUCGACCACCGCACCAUGGAGACAGGAGCACAGGUCUUUACCAUCUCGGUAGAUCUAUGCACGCAAAGGGUCAACGAUGACCUUGCCACGCCACAGGCCUCACGAUGGUGGCGAGAGCGAGUCCUUGCUGGACAAGUGGUGGCGGCUGGAGGAGGCCCACCAUGUGAAACGUUCACUGUGGCCCGACAAUAUGAAGGAGGCCCCAGGCCAUUGCGGGACUCUGCCCAUCCCCUCGGUCUCCCGGGACUCACUCUCAAAGAGUGGGCACAGCUGCGCAUCAGCGACAGGCUCCUCCGCUUUCUGCUCGACGUUCUCGUGGCCCUUGCCCUCAUGGGGAUGAGCGGAUUUUUGGAACAUCCGCAAUUUCCAACGUGGUGCACCAAAGGCUCUCCGGCGAGCAUUUGGGCCACCGAAGCCCUCAUCAUUCUGAAGAAUCUGGGGUGCUUCUCCGUGGUGAGCUUCGAUCAAUGCACAGUUGGCGCCCUGGGGAAAAAACCGACCACUCUCCUCCUGCUGAGACUGCCGAGGGUGCGAGACAAGCUCUUGGGGCGUGGCCGCAGCGGUCGGUGCAAUCACCAGCCUGGAGCCCAUGUGACGCUGAUCGGCCGUGAGGAAGAUGGCACAUUCCACACGGCCAAAGCCAAAGUAUAUCCCUAUGGCCUCAACAAGAUACUGGGUGAAGCGCUCUUUGAUGCAGCGGUGCAAUGGCAGCACCUGGACGUCGCAACCGACCUGCCCAAGGAGUUCACCCCGUACCUUGAACAAAGUUGCCAUGCCCCGGAGGUGGUGCAACCAGACUACCACGGUGGCAGCUGA